AUGCACCAAAAGAAGAACGCGGCCGCGGCCGCAUCUCGUGACGAGGGCGGUGAGGGUGAGGGUGCAAAGGGCGACAGGGAAGAGUCGGGCGGAGGCGAGACGUUGAAGAACCCUUUCGCAGACGACGAAGACGACGAAGAAAACUCGAGCGACGAGGACAACGACGAUCAUGGCGGAACGGGUGCAGCAGCAGCAACAACGGUGACGAGCGCGUGGAGUCAAUCAGGACAAAGGUCGUGGUGGCGUGGUGCAGGACGGCAAGGCCGGAACCCACGAUUCGACGGACAGAACGACUCUGACGAUGAGGGGGAUGAGGAGGAGGACGAUGACGACGAGGAAUUCGGCGACUUCGCCAUGCCCGAGGUGGAAGCCGCGCCGGGGACGGACCUCAACGACAAGAGCAUCCUGAAGCCCCUCGCCGUGCACCCGUCCCAGGGUGGAUCCGGCGGCAAGGCUUUUAGCGGACUGUGGCCGUUCGCGGGCAAGAAAGACGGCAGGGACGAAAGGACGCAGUCGGAUGCGGACAAGGGGUCAUCUGCGGACGAGACGGCGACGGGGGACGAUGAGAAGCCGAUCCAGGCGGCGAUUGAGGCUGCGCGGCGGACGAGCAUCGAGGAUCCGGACGACGACGACAACGAUGACGAAGUGGUGGUGCAGAAGCCGUCGAGCCUAUGA